UUUCGAUUCCGACCCUCUCGAUAGGCACAGCCUAACCUAACUUUUAUUGGUUCUCUGUUUUAACCGGGCAGGUCUUUUCGAAGAAGUUGCACUCGUGAUUUUUCUAACAACUCAUCGUGGUUCUAGAUUUUUUUAAUAGUUAUUAGUAGUUUGAACACAUUCAACAUGCGGAUAUGUGAGAGUCAAACAUACCAAAUGAGACGCUUUUUUGUUUUAGAACAAAAAUAUUUCAACGUUUUUUCGAUUUUCGUGGAAUCUAAUUGUCGAACUAAAAUGAUCGUUGUGCGUAGAAUUUGUUAAACCGGCGUGUAAAUGCAUAUAUUCAAUUUUACUUAUUUCAAAACAAUGUUAGUGUUAUUAUAUUUGUUAAUAGUGAUUUUUUAUAUAAACGAUGAGAAUGGACCAGGACAAUAAACGUAGUGUGAAAGCAGUUUUUAGAGUGAAAUAUAAAACACCUAUGAGAGUUAAAACUCUUAAGGAAUAUAGAGAAUCUGUAGAAAGACGCAAAUAUGGGGACAUUCUGGACGGACACGGGAUGUCGUAUUCCAAAAAUUACUCAUCUCAACAUUACGAUAACCUCCAACAAGCAGACAGUCAGAAGCAACCACUAAAAGACACAACAAAUACACCAUCGAACGCAAAACACGAAGACAACAAUAACCAAGAACCAGAAUCGACACAACAAGAUAACGAAACGCCAAAUCAUAAUAACGGCCAGCAGCAACAUCAGCAACAACAAGGUAGCAGGUCGUUACAGUGUUUGGAAACGCUCGCACAAAAAGCAGGAAUUCACGAUAUCACGCCGGAUGAUUGUAAAUUCGAUGUUGCUAAUACAUUGUUGAAUUUGGAUAGAGGACACGAAUUUAUCAAGCAAAGUGUUGACGGACAAUUGACUAUCACAAUGAGCGAUUUAAAUAAACAGCAAAUGGAUGCUAAUGCGCAGGCUCAAGCGCAAGCUCAAGCGCAGGCACAAGCGCAGGCACAAGCACAGGCUCAAGCUCAGGCACAGGCACAAGCUCAAGCCGUUCAGCAACAGCAGAUGCAGCAGGUUGCGCUUCAACAACAAGAUCAGCAACAGACUUUAGUACCCGCUCAGAGUCCACACAUGCAACAGGUUACCGUUGGAAAUUCAGGUGCCCAGUGCGCGGUAACGUCCAUGGGUCCGCCCCAACAUACAGUUUCGAUGCACCAACAAGUAGCCCAACAAGGCCAAGUACUCCAAACACAGAACGCUCAAGUUUUGGCCGCUGCUCAACAAAGUAACAGUACCACCAUCACUACGAUGUCACCACUGCAACAGAGCCAAGCUGCGCAUCAACAGCAACUCAGCGCCGACUGGAGUCACGGGAGAGCAGUACAAGUAAUCCAACAACCUAUCGGAAACAUCCAGAAUCCCACUUAUCUUCAGCAGCUUUAUAACGGACAAGGACAGUUGUUGAUGCCUGGGAAUAUCGGUAACAUUGCUUUACAUCCCAGUAUCAAUCCACAAAUUCAGGUAAUAGCCAAGCCGUUUCAAGGAAACCAAUUGGCUCCUCAUAUGAUUACCACGGCCCAAGGGAAGCAAGUUCUUCAAGGUAGUCAAGCGGCAACUUUUCCAGGAUACACGACCCUUGGUCCCACAAUUCCCACCACGCAGAAUCAACAGACGUUAGUUUUUAGUCAAUUGGGCGUCAUCAGUUCGCAGCCCAAUAUAUUACCCAAUCAUUCUCAGGGUAACGGACAAGUAACCCAGCAAAAACCCCAGGAAAUGCAUAAGGUGAUGGGAACUCAAAAAGUGCAAAUGCAAAAAGUGGCUAGUAGUACGAGCGCAGUUGCUCAAACACAACAGCAGGGACAAUGCGUCCAAGUAUCUCAAGCUUUGAUCGGUACUCAGCCCACUGCGCAAAUUAUCAAUUCGAUUCAACAGAGCGGUCAACCGAUGCAAUUUGCAGCUCCGUGGCAAUUCACAGCCGCAAAUGGACUUCAACAAGUUUGGACUACGAACGGACUCCAAUCUCAAGCUCUACAGAUCGCUCCUAAUCCAAUUUUUAUUAGAGGUACACAAGCUGAUGGUACUCCGGGUGCCGGGAUGUUCAUACAGCAGAAUCCUCAACCUGCCACUAUUCAAACCCAACAAAAUCAGACUAUAGCAACACAAGGAACCGUCCAACAAAUAUCUAAACCUAGACCUGCCAAUGAGAACAUUCAACCCAAACAACAAACAACUCGACCAUUAAAUAUAUUACCUUCCAAUGCUGCUAAUAUAAGACCUGCAAGCUCAGUUUCUACACAGACUAUUGGAGCUCAAACUCCAGCUUCAAUGGGGGGUAAACAAGUGGCUAAAAUUCGCACAAAAGCUCCUCAAAUUCGUACCUCUCCUGCACCAAAAGCCGAUGCAGCAAAUCAAACUCAAAUUAAACCGUAUUCUAAUAUCCAACAGCAGCAGCAACAACAACAGCAACAUCAUAUCGUUGGAAAUAAGAUGUUAGUUAUGAGUACGAAUGGUAUGACGAUGACUCCCGGUUCUCCGAUGACGGCUGAGAAGGCUCAGCAACUGGCCAACCAAAAUAAAAACCAGCAACAGCAGUCGCAGAAUAAUCAGCAAUCGACGCAACAGCAACAGGCUGUUAUAAUGCAACAGCAAAUGCAACAACAAGCCAUGCAACAAUAUCAACUUCAACAACAGAGUCAACAGAAUCAACAACAACAAGGGCAGCAAACUCAACAACAUAUUCAACCGAAGCCUAUGAUGAUCCAAACGAUACCAACGAUUCCCUCCCAACAGCUCCAGAUGGCUGGAGAUAGACCAAUAAUGCCCGUUGUUUCCAUGUCACAAGCGAAUGCUCAACAAGUUCAACAAAUGCAGCAGCAGAACAUCGGAACGUUACAACAGGGGCUUCCCUUACAGUCGAAUCUAGCCGUUACCCAACAGCCCAUGCAAAUGAAUAUGCAACAGUUGCAACAGUUACAACAAAUGGCACCACCGGGUACGAUAAUCGGUCAAAUUCAGACAAGUCCUGCUCAACAAUCGUCGAUUCCGCAGGUAUCGUCGAGUCCUGUGCAAAUUCAGCAAUUGCAUCCCACAGCUACACAGCAAAUCGCUAUUACACAACCUCAGCAGGUUCACCUACCUCCCGCUGUAAGUGUACAGAAAGAAGUCCCAUCCGAAUCCAACUCUAGCGACAACAACGCCGUUCAGAAUAGUAAUUUAUCAACAGAUGCAAAGGAAAACACAGUUGAUGCUACUUCUACACAACCGGAAACGAAAGAAUCUCCCCAAAUCGCCGAAACUAAACCAAUACAAAACGGCGUGGAACCCUCCGUAGUUCAACCGACGCCUAUCCCGGGUACGGUACCAUCAUCUCAACCGACAACUCAAUCGGAUAACAUUCCCGUCGCUGUUACGGCCGAAGAAGUUAAAGAAAGGUGUCCGCCGAAAGCGAUGGUCAAACCCCAAGUGCUUACGCACGUUAUCGAAGAUUUCGUUAUACAAGAAUCGUCGGAACCGUUUCCGGUUAUCAGAAGUAGUCUCAUCGGUGAUAUUAAACCGACACAAUCUUCCAAUGAUAAAGAAACAGACGAACCGCCAAGAAAGAAAAGAGCUUCGUCUCCAUUUAAUGUUAGUUCGGGAGGAAAAGGCGAUAUGGCUAAAUGCGAAGCAUGCGGUAUCGUCGAUCUCAAGGCCAAGUUCAAAAAGAAUAAGAGAUUUUGCUCCGUCGCUUGUUCCAAAAGUGGGAAGUAUAAAGGCGACGAUAAAAAGAAAUGGGAUAAAGAUGGUAUGGAAGUUGAUACGGAAUCUGGAGCUUCAGGUGCUGAAAGUAGUCUCAGUCCCUCAGCCGUUGAAGAUGAAACACCGAAAGUGGAUCCCAUCAGAUGGACUGUUCAAGAAGUUUUCGAAUUCAUUAAAAACCUUCCCGGUUGUUCCGAUUACGCCGAAGACUUUUUAAGAGAAGAAAUCGACGGUCAGGCUCUCAUGCUCCUUAAAGAAGACCAUCUGAUGACGGCGAUGGCCAUGAAACUUGGACCGGCUCUUAAACUCGUCGCGAAAAUCGACGAUAUGAGAAUCGAUAAGGAGCCGCCUAAACAAACGUAAAUUUCGUUGGAAAAUAUUUAUAGAGUUGUUGAAUAGUUUAAGCGAUCGGAUAAUGUUUCCGUACUUUCAUUUGUAUCCAUGAGUUACUAGACACCUUAAAAAUAUUCCGACCAAAUAUAAAUUUUAGUAUUUUUUAUUUUUCUCUCAGUCUAAUAGAAAAAAAGUCAUACCUCGUAAUUACUUGGUUGUAUAGGAAAAUGUUCUUGAAGGAUUUUGUAGGAAAUUUGAUGCUUUACAAAAAAGGAAUCUUAUAUUUUUUUCCUAAACCUCACCGUUUGAAUGAUAUUAAAGAUUUAAGUUUGUUAUUUUGAGACAAAUUCCAUUUUUGUUUAUGAAUUUUAAAAUUUGAUGAUAAAUGACGUACAACAAAAUACGAAAUAUGAAUUUUUAUAGGAAUUUGACUGCUCUAUAAGAAUGGCAUCCUAUGAUUUGGUGAUUAAAUUAAGCGUUCAAAAGAUAUUCAUCAUCAAACUUUCAUGUAUGCUGAUUUUAAAAAUUUCUUAUUACAUCAUCGAGAAAUUGUAAUUUAUUGCCACUUUUGGCAAUGUUUUGGCAGCCUAUCUCACAAGAAGCAUCAAUUACCACGUUCAGAUAUUAAAUGAAAAAUUGGGAUGCCAUGAUGUACCUUCCAACUUGUAAUUUUUUCAUUUCUAUUUAAUUCCUGUUUGUUAUUACCAGUACCUAUGUUUUGGAUCCUAUUGGUCUUGUAUUGAGUCCAUACACCCAUCCAAAAUGAAAUUCAUCUCCUCCAGGUGCUUCUUCUGCCCCUUCUGAUGAUGUUUUAACUGUCCAUCUCGUCAGAUAGUCCACAAAAGAUAUAAUAGAUCUCGAAGUAACCUUCAAGUGACUUUAUAUUCCAUACUAAAGGAUUCUGAUGAAGAAGUAACUAGCUAUUAUACUACGUAUCCUGGCAUAAUUAGGUGCUUCUUCUGUCAUUGUUAAUUCCAGCAGGCCAUCUUAGAUGAUGUUACUCAAAAGAGGAUCCAGCACUGGGCCUUCAAGUGUCACUCUAGUGAUUUUUUAUUCGAUCCUGGCACAUUUAGGUGCUUCCUUUGUCAAUGUUAAUAGAGGCUGAGGUCGCCUUCCAGCUUAUUUGGAAUUUAAUCAAAUCUCAAAAUCAGUACUCAUGGAAAUGUGAUGAUGAAUAUGGUGCCUAGCAGCCCGUGUCACUUGUUAGAAAAUAAUUGGUUUUUUUGGGCCACUCUAUUGUAUUUUAUCAUUAAAUCCGGUUUGAUUAGUGUAUUUGGGGAGUGUUAUAACCAUCGGAGCUAGAAUUUAUGAUGAAGUUCUUUCUUCUCAUAUGUUUUGAGCUACUUGUUUUUUUUUUGGUACAAUCUGUAUGAGGAUAUUAUAUAAAUUGAGCUUUGUGUGUGUUUUAAGUACACAAUUGUGUAUUGGAAAUAUUGUCCGGUCUUCUUUUUCGCAAAGUGGAGCGUUUUAAGUUUUUAUUAUUUUGAUUUUUAUUGUAAAUAAUUUAAUUUAUCGAUUAUUUCGUAAAGACUGCUGAUGAGGAUCUAUUAUAUUAACAUUAUAAACAAAAAGAAAUUUUGUUAUAGAAAGAUUUAGUUUAAAUAAGGACUGUAAUUAACUAUUCGAUUUUUUUAAAAUAAUAAUCGCGCGUUCUUCAUUAUGUUAAUAUAAGUCAUGUAAAUAUUUGUACAUUUGGCAUUUUAUAUUAAAAUGGUUACACUAGUAGUUUUAACAUUGUACAGAAAAAACAAAAAAGUAUAUUAAGUUUAUAUUAGCAAAUAUCUUUGAUGUGAUCAAAGUAAUAGGAAUUUUUUUUUCGGUAAAAAGAAGGGAAACCUGUUAUUUUCCCAAAAUUGGAUACUAUAUUUAUUUAAUCGUGCAAUGUUCUCUUUUCCAAAUUCGUGUAAGGUUAUAAUAUGGAUUAAUUUGAUAUUUGUUACUAUACUGCCACUAAUGAUAAUAAAUUUGUAA